AUGGAGGUCGCGUUCAUGGAUUCUUCUUCAAGCGGCUUUCCAGCGCACUGUUCUCGCCCGGCUUCGCUGAAGACCAAGGAGCUAGAGCUAAUGCAAGUACGGGCGAUGCCCUCCUUACAAAGCAAAUUAGAAGCCUGCGACUACGAUAAACUUACUUUAGUCGAGGAACAAAAUGCAACCGCUAAGCUUUUCCGUAUUGCGGAUUGGCUCGACCGCAGCCAGGUUGUCAACCAAUUAGCGAAGCGAACGAUCUGUCUUACAUUAGCAGAGCUGCAUCCUAAAGGAAGCAAUGUAAAUGACUUAUUGUUGCGGUUUCAGGCCGGUAGUAAAUUUCAUCAUGAAGAGGAACAGCGAGUUACUCGAAAGCUUUAUGAAUUUCUCCGCGUUGGAAGCAAAUGGAAAACAAUUAUUCAGCUCUGUGCACGACGUGGAAAUUCCUGGAAGGAAUCUUCAACUUACUCUGGUGCCAUCUGGUUGUUAUCGAAUGGAUCAACCUGGGAAAGAGCUACUGAGAAUGAGUGCGAGCGGGCGAUAAGUACUUUCGAGGAAGACUUCUUGACUGAGUGCAAGAAUUAUAGCCCUUCAGUAAACGCAGUCUUGAAGCAUCUUAAUUACGACCGACGGAUAUCCUAUGGCGCAGUCGAAACAAAUGCGAGUGACGACACCGACCGGGCUAAGAAGAGAGCGAAGAUAGCAACAAACGACAGACCAGAAGCUGCUACUGCAGAAUCGACUACCACCACAAUAGAGGGUGCCUCGGAGGCUGAAGGUACGGAUGAUAACCCCGGAAGCAGUCGUGAGGAGGACCAAGAACGGAGAAUCCUAGGUAAAGUCGACGCAAACAUGUUAUAUCAGUUUCCGGACCUCGGUGGUGCUAAAGAACAACAAGAUCGCCCCGUGCCGAGCCCAGAAGGGCAUGCUGGCGACAGUGCAGCAAAUGUAAUCGGCGCUGACACACGGGUUUCAGUCGGUCUGGGUGUCAUUCCUCGGUCCGAGCAUGGCGGAGCCGAAGGCUACACCGCGACAACCAACGCGUAUUCCCAAGAGCCCGUGUCCGACACAGAAGCUACUGCCAGACCGACUACCAAUUCGACACAAGGUACAGAUACUGUGGGGUCGGCGCUACCAGAGGAGUGUGAUGGGAAUGCAACGGCGGCGGUGGGCGAUGUCGCCUCCGAAGAUGAGCAUUUCACUCCGGAUCCCUACGUCUAA